GGAAGCAUAGGAGACACAGUCCUAUGCCUACUAGAUUUCUAAUGUAUCACUUCCCACUCCUAUUAGACUACUACAGCAUCUCUCUCUUCUCUCCCACUUUGCUUCAAUUUCUUACUUCUCAUUAUGUUUCCACCCUUUUCUAUAAUUCUUUUUAUCCUAAGGUGAUUUGGGUUUCUCUUAAAAUCUUAGUUUUUUCCCUACAGAGCUUCUUGUCUCCAACUUCGUGUACUGACCAUUCCAAGCAUUCAGAUAUUUCUGUUCGUAAUGGACUUUACAAGUAGAGGCAUAGCCUGGAUGGGAAAAAUUGGUGAAAAGCUGGAAAAUCUUUGUUCUGAUGUUGAUGCUAGAUCUCAGGAACCACUUGAUUUUGUUGAAAGCCAAUUGCAGAUAGCGGGUGCAAAUCUGAAACAAUUUUGUUCAGAGUUUAUUCAAGAAAUACUCCCUGCGCCUUUGUCAGACGCCGAGGAGGAGACCAGUAAUUUAUCUUCAGAACAAAAUAGGGAAGACCAGCAUCCAGCUUCUGAGUUGUCAAACAUCAGUGUGGAAGAAGAUAAUAAGGAUGAACUUUCCCAUUCAAAUUCGUCCUCCGCCAUGCUCGCUGUGGAAACUACUGAAGGAGUGCAUGUUGAGUCAUCACUUCAGCCACGAGCAGAUAAGGCGAUGAAGAUGUCUGUUGAGGAUAAUUUUGAAAAGGCACUCUCUUUUGUUGAAAGUUCAGGAGUAGUUGCUUCUACUGAGGGAACUUUAAAAAUGACAUCACUAUAUUGUGAGGGUGAUAAAGGAGUUGAAGGUCCUGCCAAAUCUUCAACAAUUGCAUCAGCUGAAUGUGUAGAAUUUGACCCUUCUAUGCAAGAGGGGAGAACUAUAGAUUUUGGAGCUAACACUUCGAAUGUCUCAUCAUUAACUGGUUCAACUUAUUCUAAUGAGUCACAAGAAAGUGCUUUUCCCGAUUUUGGCGAAACAAAUUCUUGUGCAGCACUUCCAUCAGUAACUAGUGAAGCCUCUGUGGAUCAUCAUGUAAGACAACCAGCCACCGACUGGGUUCCUGAAGUGGAGUUUGAUGGAAGCUGUGUUGUGGUAGAUAAGGAUGAUUUGUCUUCAGCCUCUGAAUUCCGUGGAGCUCAUAUUUCUCCCAAGAAAGUUAUGCCAAAGCUGAAGGUAAAACCUGGAAAAAAGAGAAACAAGGACGCGACUAUUUGUGAGGAUCUCAGUGUGGAAUUAGAGCAAUCAAAUGCAAAGUGCAUGACAAUAUCUUCUCCAGAUCAAAGCUUGGAAUUGUCACAAGAAGGCUUUUGUGAAUCAGAUUGGGAGAUCAUCUAAACAGAUAAUCUCCAAGUGAAACUCCAGCAAUGGUAUGGAGAAAUCAUCUAGACAAUUAAGCUUCAAAUGAAGCUCUAGGAACAGUUAAAAGAGAUUAGUAAAAAUAAGCUCCAAGUGAAACUCUGUUAUUGGUGUCUUGACAUUCCUUAGACAAACUAAGGUUAAUCGGCUUUUCAGAUUUCUCAUUGACUAUAGUUCUAGAGAUGGAUGCGGCUUUAUUUUUCUUUUGUGACACUAUAGUAAGUUUUGCCUCAGUUAUUAUCUUUUAGUUAUUGGUGAGUUUUGUUUCAUCAUAUACACUCAUGUUACUGAAGCUCAACGAAGCUUUGAACUUUUGGCCAAAACUAGUUUGUUUGGCCACCA